UAUGAUUUAGUUGUUUAAAAAAGAAAAAAUCCGAUUUUUUCAAUUGCAUGCGUUAUGCAUUGUCCCACAUAAGCCUUCACUCACUGUAUAUGCUUUCGUCGCAACUUCUUCCUUUUGACUUGGUAUCAAAAGCAUCUUCACUUUCAAACAAAACUGUAUUGAAAACAACGUUCCGUGAAACACUGAUCUGUGAUUAUUUUAAUAACUUUACAUUCCAUCAUGGAGCCUUGCCCAUUGCAGAAACAGAUCCAAACUACUGAUGACACGAUUGCAUCUUUACGCCAACGCAUCCGAAGGUUGGAAAUGAACUUGAAUGAUCCCAGUCUUCCUGAAGAUCGAAAACGUGAGAUGGCUCUCGAGUUGAAGGAAAUCGGCAAACUACUGGAAACAACAGAAGAACAGUUAAAACAAAUGCACAAAGAAAAUUCCAAAUCCUUUGCGGUGGCGGCCUGUUUGUUCUUCAUCUGUUUCUUGGUCUAUGGGUUGUACGUACUAGUAAAUGGUGUAUGACCGCUGGAUUCGAAAUAAAGCUCACUAAACGAAA